UACCGCAGAAGCUGUGAUUGAAUUUUACCCGAUAUCUGUGACCGAGAAGCUAGCUGAUGCACUCCACUCGCACGAUCAGAGCUAAUUUACAUAAGAGGAAAUCGUGGGUUAAUCUGUGCAUCUCAUUUUCCGAGCGUUGCCGAAGGGGUUAUCUGUUGUCCUUAACUUAUCACCGAGGGCGGGGCAGCCGAGUUGUCUGGGAUUAAGAGGUCAGAAUAUUUAGCCAUACGAGCAUCAAGCACAAAGAAUCAAAGCAUUAAGAGACCAGGGCGUCAAUAUUACCAUCCGAAUCCUUCCCCCCCGUUCGUCAACCAGCACAACCAGUCACCUUUCGGAUGACUAUCAUGGGACUGAUGGAUUGCCCGCCAUUAGAAGACGUUUCCCCGACAUGGAGCAAUGUCGUGGCUGCUAUGACAGCAAUCGGAGUCGCAGGACUACUGAUGCGCAUGUUCUACAAUCUCCACCUUCAUCCGUUGGCCAAGUUCCCCGGGCCCUGGUACGCCGCUUCCUUUUCCGUGGUGCUGGCCACAAUCUCGGUGCUGCGGAUGGAGCCUCAGUUUCUGGGCUACCUGGUCAAGAAGUACGGAUUCGAGCAGCCCAUUCGCGUCACGCCGACGAUCCUCAUGUUUCCACGGCCAUCCGCGUUGAAGGAUAUCUACUGGGAUCCCCAAUGCAACACGAAGUCGCGGCUCUAUGGCAGCGGGGCGCUGGGGCCGCCACACCUGUUCACCACGCUCGAGCCGGAUGCCCACCGGCAGCUGCGGCGGGCCUUGUCAAACGCCCCGUGGACCAUCGGCAAACUCCGAUUGACCUGGGAGAGGCGGUUCGACCAGCUAGUUGAGCUGUUCAUGACUAAGAUGCAUGAGCAUGCCAGGGCAGACCGUGUGGUGAGUCUCAGUGAGAAAGUCUCCGAGUUCGCCGCCGACAUCAUGACAAUCAUGACCUUUGGCACGCCUUUCGGCUUCGUCCAGAACCAGCGGGAUGAGCGGGAUCUCCUAGGGAGCUGGCGGCGGAGCGUCGACCUAUUCGCCUUCGCGGGGCGGGCGCGUUUCUUCCGCGAAGUCAUUCUUCCCUCGCCCCUCGGGUCGUGGAUCUUGCCCUCCAUCCGCCGCGAGUCGGGCAUUGGAUGGAUGCUUAACGAGGCAGACCGUCAAGUAACCGAGCGGGAGAAGGCUACCGCAGAAGCCCCAUAUCCCCACCCCCCGGAUUUCAUGCAGCAUGCGCUGGAUGCCCGGCUCCCAUCUGGUGAGCCACUGUCGCCCGCCCAGCGACGCGCCCAUGUCGUCCUGCUUAUCCAGGCUGGAGCAGACACCACCGGAACGACCAUGGGCAGUGCCCUGCGCUUCCUGCUGCUGCACCCCACAGCCUGGGCUCGGUGCCGGGCUGAAAUUGAUGCGGCGGACCAGCAGGGCCUCCUGUCCCACCCAAUUCAGUACGAGGAGACUCGGCAGCAUCUGCCAUUCUUGGUAGCUUGCCUGAAGGAGACCAUGCGGCUGAAUCCCUCGGCCACCAAUCUCUUUGCGCGCAUCUGCCCUCCGGGAGGUAAGACCAUCGAUGGUCAUCACAUCCCCGCGGGGACCGAAAUGGCCUGCCACGCCUACACUUUGCAGCGAAGUGCGGAGGUGUAUGGCUCCGACGCAAACGAGUUCCGACCGGAGCGCUGGCUCGAGAGUCCACAGCGCACACGAGAAUUGGAGGCCGCGCAGUUCACAUUCAGUGUCGGGCCGCGGACCUGUCUCGGCAAAGACGUGGCGACGCUCGAGAUGUGGAAACUGAUUCCCGAGAUCAUUCGGCAGUUUGAUAUUGAACUCAUCAAUCCUGGUAAAUACGUGGUGGUAGGCGGGAUUGUGUGGAAUGAGGGCUUGAUGGGUCGUUUCGUGGCACGGUAAACGGGAGCGACUGAGUAGGGAUUAGAGGCUGUUGCUGUUGGGUGGGAGUGUUCGACGGGAUUGACAGGGGGACUACACGUACUGUACGUAGUACUCAAUGCUUCGUGCAAACCGCGUGUGCAAGCAUGUCCUGGCUCCUCAACUAUUCUGGACUUGACAAGGAGUCCACAGGUCAUCGCUAUCAUAUGCCUCGCGCAGAGAUGGGGAAAAAUGAGGCAUCGUUUGCAUAAAAG